AUGGUGAUUAAUAGGAUGACUGACAAAAAACAGUAUUUAGCUGAUUAUUCGUUUGAAUACUCUGUUGAUGAUGGCAAACGGUUAACUGGGUUGUUCUGGGCUGAUGGUUUAUGCAAGCUUAACUAUAUGGAAUUUGGCGAUGUGAUAUCGUUCGAUGCAACCUUCAAGACAAACAGGUACAAGAUGGUGUUUGUCCCGUUCACAGGCAUUGAAAACCACUGUCGGAAUGUAACACUCUCAGCUGGGUUGUUGGCAUCAGAGAGUAUUGAAUCAUAUAAAUGGCUUCUAAAUUCAUUUUUAAAGUCAUUUGGUCGACAGCCUAAUGUUGUAGUGACGGAUCAAGACCCUGCUAUGAAACAGGCUAUUGAGGAGGUUUUCCCUAUUAGUAGACACAGAUGUUGUAUGUGGCACAUAAUGAAAAAAGUGGCAGAUAAGGUUGGGCAUGAGUUGUGCAAUAAUGAUGAGUUUAAAAGGAGGAUGUGCGACAUUGUUUGGACUGAUUCGAUUGAGCCCGAAGAAUUCGAGAGGCAGUGGAAGUUGGUGAUGAUUGAGUUUGGUCUCACUGAAAACAAAUGGAUUGAUGAUAUGUUUGGGAUGAGAUCCAUGUGGAUUCCGGCUUUUUACCGGCAUGAGCCAAUGUCAGAGUUUAUGAAUCAUUUUAAUGGGGCAAUGGAUGUUCAAAGGUUCAAUCAUAGGAAAAAUGAUCAUAUUUCAAGAUAUACUGAGCCAGUUGAUUGGAGUCAAACUACAUUGGAAAAAGAUGCUGCUAAGAUCUACACCAGGUCUAUAUUUUUUGAUCAGCAAUUAGAGAUACAUGGAACAAUUUCCGAAUGUUUGCCGAUGGACACCAAAGUUGAAGGUCCACGUAUCAGAAUAUUGUUGAAGGAUUUUAAAGCACAUGGAGAUGGUUUAUUGGAGGUGUGGUUCAAGAAUCUCGAGAAUGAUGUAACUGCACAGUGUAGCUGUUUGCGUUUUGAGCAGUAUGGGCUGCUAUGCAAACACAUAUAUUUUCUUUUCAAGAUGUUUGGUGUUAAAGAAAUACCAAACAAAUAUGUUAUGAAGAGAUGGACGAAGGAUGUUGUGCCGAAUGAGUUAAAUGUUAAGUACAAUCUAAAUGUGGGGGGCAAGGAUGUGCAUCAGAGGGCUAAACGGAUUGCUCGUGAAAUCAUCCACACAGGGGAGUAUUUGGUUAGUAAUUUGAUUUCCGACUUUGAUCAACUUGUCUUAGUGAGGGAUCAAAUGAUCGUAUGCAAUGAAAAAGGUCAUGACAUUCGGACUUGCGGCGAGCUUAAAGCCAAACAACAAGGUAAACAGGGAAAAAAGAAGAUGAAGGGUGUCCAGAUUGAAGAUGGUGUGAGAGACAAAGACAAUGAGGGUGAAGACGACGAAGAGGAAGAUGACUUUGAAGAUUACAUCAGUGAUGAUGGAUCUGAAGAAGAAGAUCAGUGGGAAGAGGUGUCUGGAGAUGAAGAUGACGAGGAUGAGUAA